GAAGGCACUGUAGGUUUUUGUUCAGUGUAUAUUUGGCUGUGUUCUGAUGUAGACAACAAACUAUACAUUUUGAGAUAUGUGUUGUUGUACAGUCCAUUAAAGUGUAGUAGGCCUACAUGUUAUGUAAAUGUUCAUGUAAAAAACAAAGCUAGUUUUCAUCAUCAAUUAAUUCAGUUGACUAUGAAAUUGGGGACAAAUUAAAGGCUGAGAAAAGAAACUGCCCUCUGAAGGGGCCGAGUGGGCAACUGUCAUUAAGAGCCACACUGUGCCGCAUGAUGACCAGCUACAUAAUUGGGUAUGGAGGGAUGAGAGAGGUGAUUGUGGGAUUUCCUCUGUUAUUUGCUUUAUUCACAUGCAAUUUGUAAGAUAACUAAUGCUACUAAUUUCAAUCAUCACAAAUACAGUAAGACCAUCAUGACAAGGUAAUAAUGAGUGUUCAGCACAUUUCAUUUACAGAUACAGCAACAGGGAAACAGGGAAACAGGUGAUGUGCUAGCAGAAACCCCCUGGGUAAUUUAUUUGUUUAUUUUAUUCCACCUUUAUUUUAUCAGGGAAUCAUAAUGCUGCUGCCUAUGCAUGCCUCUCCCUGCACCUCUUCCCUCUGAGGCCCUCACUGUGGCACUUCCAGCUGAGACCCAGGCAGCAGCAAUAACAAGCAAAUGAAACCAUUAUACACUGGCAUGGUUCCAUCUCAUGCUUUGGCAUUUAUGUCUGAUGCAUGGUAUAUGCACUACCUGUAUAACUGAUUAAAAUGUAACUCUGAUCAUUCUUCUUAAAAGCAUUAACAUAAUACAUGAUCUACAAACUGUUGGACCAGGCUGAGGUACAGUGAGAGGAAGCAGGAUGUCCAAUAACAUGGCUAAGAUUGCAGAUACCCGCAAGACAGUGGAACAGCUGAAACUGGAAGUCAACAUCGAAAGAAUGAUGGUGUCCAAAGCAGCAGCUGAUCUGAUGGCCUUCUGUGAGGCUCAUGCCAAGGAGGACCCUCUGGUGGUACCAGUGUCAUCCUCUGAGAACCCUUUUCGGGAGAAGAAAUUAUUCUGUGCAAUACUCUAAUCCCCACAAAUUCACGUUAUUAAAUACAAUAAUCCUAAAUUUUGUGUCACUAUUAGCAAUAAUUCAUUGACAGUUCUCAGGACAAAUAAUGCUAACACAUUUGAAGAACCCUUGAAUAUUUUGGUUUUGGUAGGCCUAAUCAGUGUGAUGAUUUUGUAUUUAAAAAGCUGUAUAUGUAAGUGCUUGAAUUAUUUAUCUGGAUUGAUCAGAUUGACUGAAAUAAAACCUUCUUUACG